AUGUCGAUAUCAAUGGAUCCAAUGUUUGGUUUGAUUCAAGUUUCUUCAUCAAUCAAAAUAAAACGCUCUGAUGGUCGAAUUCACUUAGCUAAGGUAGUACAACUUUCACCUGAAUCUAAAUCUGUUGGUGUCGAAUGGAAUGAGCAUGGUGAAGUUAAAGGAAAAGAAAUUUUACUUGAUCUCGUAUUUGAAUUGAAUAAUGAAUUACGACAUAAUUCAUCAUUUAAACAACUAACAACAGCUAUCAAUCAACCAGUUCGACCAACAGCUGCUAUUUCCGUCCCACCAAGUGGUUUAUCAUCUAGUCGGUUGACUUUAGACAUUGAUUCAUUAGAACGUGAAUAUAAUUCUCGACCACCGCCAACACUUCCACCACAAUUAUUACAAAGAAUUCAACAACACCCGGUGUCUAUUCAAACAACUUCAACACCACUUCCACCUCCACCAUUGAAUGGUACAAUCACAGGUACAACACAUUCAAAAACAAGUGGUGCACCUUCGAGUACAAACCAUACUACUACUACUACCCGUUCAAUCCGUCGUCCUACUGCUCAAGCAAGCUCUUCAUCGACAAAAAUAGCCACACCAUCUUCUCCAGUUCCACCUCCGACACCAAUAGUUGAACAACAACCACAGUUACCAAUUUCAUUACCAGCCAAUAACAAAAGUGAUCGCCGUCUUUCUCGUCUUCAUGUUGUACAACAAUCAUCAUCCUCAUCAGCAUCAGCAACAACAGCAACAGCAACAACAACAACACAGAAUACAGCUGUAUCAGUUGCUGUUGAACCACCAACACCAUCGGCUGGUCUACAUGGUCCAUUUGGACAAAUGAUACUAGACUAUCGUUCAACAUUAAAUUAUACACCAAUAACAAAUUCUAAUAUGAGUCAACAUAAAUUUGAUCAAAAAGAUUUACGUAUAUGUGUAGCUGUUCGAAAACGUCCAUUAAAUAAACGUGAAAUAGUUAAAAAAGAUAAUGAUGUUAUUACCAUUCCAAAUAAAGAUCAUUGUCUUGUCCAUGUACCAAAGUCAAAAGUUGAUUUAACCAAAUAUCUUGAUAAUCAAACAUUUAAAUUUGAUUAUACAUUCGACGAAAGAGCUUCAAAUGAUCUGGUCUAUCGCUAUACAGCUGCACCACUGAUUGAUACUAUUUUUAAUGGUGGUAAUGCAACUGUUUUUGCCUAUGGUCAAACAGGCUCCGGUAAAACAUUUACGAUGGGUGGUGAUGUUUCAUCAGCAAAGACAGAUUAUUCACAUGGAAUUUAUGCUCAAACAGCACGUGAUAUAUUUCAUCGUUUAUCAUUACCACAACAUCGUUCAUCAGUAGAAAUAUUUGUUACAUUUUAUGAAAUAUAUUGUGGCAAAGUUUUUGAUUUACUGAAUAACAAAAAACGUUUACGUGUAUUAGAAGAUCAAAAAGGUCUUGUUCAAGUAUGUGAUCGAAAAGAACAACAAGUUAAAUCUGUUCAAGAUGUAUUGAAUAUCAUUCAACAUGGUAUGAGUAUUCGAACAUCUGGUACAACAGCGGCUAAUUCGAAUUCAUCUCGAUCUCAUGCCAUUCUUCAAAUUAUUUUAAAAACUUCAACGCCAAUAUCUGUUCAUACAAAUGUCUCUGCAUCAUCAUCAUCAUCUCGUAACAAUAAUCAUAAUAAUCCUGCAGUACCUCGUCGUAUUGUCAAAGAAGUUGGUAAAAUGUCUUUAAUUGAUUUAGCUGGUUCUGAACGUGGUAAAGAUACAGCAAGUGGUGAUCGUCUUCAACGUAUGGAAGGUUCAGAAAUCAAUAAAUCAUUAUUAGCACUUAAAGAAUGUAUUCGUGCUCUGGGACGCGGUGAUGGCAGUCAUGUACCGUUUCGUGGUUCAACAUUAACAAAAGUAUUGCGAGAUUCGUUUAUUGGAGAUAAAUCAAAAGUUUGUAUGAUUGCAAUGGUUUCACCAACACAUUCUGAUGUAGAAAAUACAAUGAAUACAUUGCGUUAUGCCGAUAGAGUAAAAGAAUUAAGAGCAAGUGAUAAUGGUGGAUCUGUAUCAAAUGAAGAUGAUGAAACUAAAAUGGACCAUGAAUCGAAAGCUUCAUCUAUCGAUUAUGAUAAAGAAAAUAAACCUCGUCAUCGUCGUCAUCAUCAUCAUCACUAUCCUCAGCAUCGUGAUGGUUCAGCAUCUUCCAAUGAUAGUAUUAGUUCAUCAUCAAAUGAUGAUUUAAAUGCUUAUGAUGAUAAUGAUGAGCAAGAUGAAGCAUUAGCUUCGUAUGCUGCACAAGUUGAGCAUUUACAAGAAUAUGAAGAAGCUUUAUUUGAUGCAUGUCAAGAGAUUUUAACUAAUAAAGAGCCAAUACUUACACGUGAAUUACGCACAGUUGUUAAACAAGCGCAAGAUACAGUUGACUACGAUCAAGAAAAAUUUGUUAAUGAUAUGCGAGCUAAUUUAUUACAACGUCAACAACUAUUAGAUGAACUUCAAACACGUUUACAAGCUUUCGCUGAUUGUCUUCAACAAGAAGAACAAGUCGCUGCAGCACAACGGACCAAACAACAUCAAUCAACUGGUAGUGUAUAUUGA